AUGCUGGUGACCGGCGCCGGUAAGGCGGUUGUAGUAGCGGUGAAAGUAUCGGUCAGUUCGAUGUUCUCAGUGCUCUUGAGGAAAGGGAACACGGUGAUCUACAAUUCGGCCAUCCUAGCGGGACGUCAAAGCUGGAAGCAUGCAAGAGGCUUGCUGAAGGAAAUGCUUGUGCGACAGCUUCGGCCCGAUCCAGUGACCCAGAGCUCCAUCAGCACGGUGGAAGCCAAGCAGGGUCGAUGGCGCUCAGCGACGUGGGGCCUCCGGGUCUGGAAUCCGAUUCAGGUGGGUGCAGCAUUGAGCUCCUUCCAGACGAGCAGCUGGGUGCAGGUGGAGAAGCCGGAUGGGUGGAGUGAAUCGGGGUGCAUUCUGAAGGAUGUUCAGGAUCUGGCUUUGGGGGGAAGACGGCUGCCGGGAAGACCCCUGUGA